AAAAAUCCCUCCGCAAAAGAUAUAGGUACAUAGGAAUACUGUGCUGCACAGCUAGCUAGACAAGCAUUUAAAUAAUAGUGCUCAAACUGCGUCUCCCUCAUACCUACAUAAAUAUACAUAAAAUCACCGAAAAAAGGACUUAUAAUUUCUAAGAAUGGCUUCUGGUGUAACAGUUUCCGAUAUUUGUAAAACAACCUAUGAAGAAAUCAAAAAAGAUAAGAAACACCGCUAUGUGAUUUUCUUUAUCCGUGAUGAAAAGCAAAUUGAUGUAGAAACAGUCGGAGACCGUAAUGCUGAAUACGAUCAGUUUUUGGAAGAUAUUCAAAAAUGUGGACCAGGUGAAUGCCGAUAUGGACUCUUUGAUUUUGAAUAUAUGCAUCAAUGUCAAGGUACAUCAGAAAGUUCAAAGAAACAGAAACUGUUUUUGAUGUCGUGGUGCCCCGAUACUGCCAAAGUAAAGAAGAAGAUGUUGUAUUCCAGUUCUUUUGAUGCAUUGAAAAAGUCGCUUGUUGGUGUACAAAAAUAUAUUCAAGCAACUGAUUUGUCCGAAGCAUCCAGGGAAGCCGUUGAAGAAAAGUUGCGCGCCACUGACCGUCAAUAAGCAUAAAUAUUUAAACGUUUUCAUAAACCAUGCUUACUAAUUUGUACUUGAAUAAACAAUAAAAACAGCAAACAUUUGUAAAAAAAAAAUAUAAA